AUGACAACUCAGGAUUUCCAUAAUUCUUCCGAGGAGACUUUCUCUCCUCAAAAUGUUCGACUGAUGAAAGAUUACUAUCAACCAUCACAGCCAGAACCUUUUCAUCAAGACUGGCAGAGAGGUGUACCUAUUGCGAUUGAUCUGGGACGAUCGAUGCUUCGAGUGGGUAUGGCGGGCCAGACGGAUCCCAGCUGUGUAUUUCCUAGUAUAACAUCACGAUACAAGGACAAAAAGCUAAGAAGAUCGCUUAAUAUGGUUGGCUAUGACGUAUUCCUUGAUUCCAGUCUUAAAUCUAACUUGAAGACUCCUUUUGAUGGAGCUAUGAUCACCAAUUGGGACUCUAUCGAGACCAUCCUUGAUUACUCUUUUCUACAUAUUGGAGUUGAUUCGCAGAAUAAGGUCGAUAGUCCUGUUUUAAUCUCUGAGGUAGUGGCACCUCCUUUCCAGCAGCGUUUCAACUUGAUGCAGAUGUUGUUUGAGACUUAUAAUGUGCCUAAGUUGGCCUUUGGUGUCGAUUCCUUGUUUAGUUUCUAUCAGAACGGUGGUCAUAGUGGACUUGUUAUCAACGGUGGCCACAAUUCGACGAUGGAAAUACCGGUAGUCAGAGGCUCUCCUGUCAUUAAUGUGGCGAAACGAAUUGAUUGGGGUGGUCAGCAAGCUGUGGAGUACUUAAAUCAAUUUCUUACGAUGAAAUAUCCAUAUUUCCCCUCCAAAGUGAACAAUUAUCAGGUAGAAAAUAUGAUUCAUGACUACUGCUAUGUCUCUACGGACUAUCAGAAGGAGUUAAAGCACUACCUUGACCUGGACGUAUUGGAAAAGAAAGAUAUACUAUUGGAAGCUCCUUUCACAGAAGUUAUCAAACCAGAGAAAACUGAAGAAGAACUUGAACAGGAGGAAAAGAAACAUAAAGAGACAAUAAAGAAGCUUCAACUACAGGCAAGAGAAAGAAGACUUCAGAAUUUAAUCGAAAAGGAGAACGAUUAUCAGUACUACUUAGGUUUGCAAGGUAAGAUGAAGAGUAUGAACAAAAGACUAGUUUUAAGUACGUUGCGAGAGGCGGGUUUUGAUGAUCUAGAGGAUUUUACAACAUACAUACAAAGUCUUGAAAGGUCUCUUAAGAAAGCCCGGAAUCAGGAUGUUGGUGAAAAUGAUGAAACUGAUAAUAACAAGCCUCCCUCAUGGUCGUUAAUUGAGGUUCCCGACGAGCAACUCGAUGAAGAACAGUUGAAAGAGAAAAGAAAGCAGAAAUUAAUGAAGGCCAAUUUUGAGGCACGGCAAAGAGCAAAUCAAGAGAAAGAAGAAGCCAAAAGAGAAGCUGAUGAAGCAGCAAGAAAGGAUGAAAAUUGGAGAAAUACCAACUUAAAAACUUGGCUUGCAGCACGUCGUAAAACAUUGGAAAAGUUGAAAAAGAGACGGAAAGACAGAAUUCGAAUGAAGGAAGAACUCAGUGACCGUAAGUCACGUGCAUCGCAAAUGCGGAUGAAGAAUAUAGCCUCGUUGGCAGGUGAUGAAGUUCAAGGAAAGAACGGACACAAGAGACGUGCUGCGAAAGUGACUAUCGACAAUGAUCCGAACGACACAUUUGGAGCUAACGAUGAUGAUUGGGCCAUUUAUAGAGAUAUUGCAAAGGGGUCGGAUGUUGAGACAGAAAAAGUGGAGGAAAAGAAGAUAUAUAACAUUGAGGAAGAACUUCUGAAGUAUGAUUCUAGCUUCACCAUCAAUGAUACGUUACAGAGACAGUAUAAUUGGAGAAAUUCGAUUCUUCAUCGAUUUCUGAGAGGUCCUAGAGACUUUGACCCUGAUGAGCAGCAUCAGCAGCAUCAGAUUCAUCUCAACAUAGAGAGAAUACGUGUUCCUGAGAUUAUUUUCCAGCCGUCGAUUGCCGGUAUCGACCAAUGCGGACUCAGUGAACUUUGUGAACAAACCACUCUGAAAAGGCUUACUUCGGAGCCUGUUUUUUCUGGUGAUGACAGUAACGAAGUUCUUAAAGAUAUUUUCCUUACUGGAGGUCAAUCGAUGUUUGAAGGAUUCGAAGAAAGGUUACGUCGUGAAUUUCAAUCGUUUCUUCCUGUAGGAACAGAAUUUCACGUCCGCAAAGCUCGGGAUCCUGUCAAUGACGCCUGGAGAGGCAUGUCCAAAUGGGCAGCUUCAGAAGAAGGUCAGAAGAGCUUCAUUGAUAAGAAGGAAUAUGAGGAGAUGGGACCUGAUUAUAUUAGAGAGAACAGAAUGGGAUGCCUAAGGCUGUGA